AUGCAGUCCCACCGCCUGAAACGGGGAACCGCCCGCUUGGUGUGCCAUGCGGAAGAGGGCGCCGGCGCCGCCUCGCGGCGGCGCCUGCAGCAGCAGCUUGAUGACAAGGGCCAGCCGGGCGGCGCGGACGCCCCAAGUGAGCCGCACGAUUGGGACGACGGCGCCGAUGCCGUUCUGCUGGCGGAUGCGGCCACCAUUCGUGCUUCAGCCGCCACUGGCGCCCCCGCGGCGCCGCCUGCCAACGGCGGCGCGCAGGACGCGCCGCGGCUGGCGCCGCAGGGGUGGGCGGACGACGCACCCCCAUCGGUGACUGCCUCGGUGGCCAUCAUGCCCCGGCAGGCCGCGGCACUGGUUGCAGGCGGGCAGGCCAAGCGCAACCCGGUGACCCUCUUCUUUGCCAAAUGCAAGCUUGCAUGGUCGCUUUUUUUCCCAUCUCCCCCGGAAACGCAGCAGCCGCCUGCCAGCUCGGGCGAUGUGGGGCGCCAGCGGCUGAGCAUGAUCCUGGUGGCUGACCGUGCAGGCCUGAGCCCUGGCAGCCUCAUGCAGAUGAAGCAGAGCACGGUGCGCGCCCUGGCCCAGACCAUGGACAUGCGGGAGCUGGCGGAUGCGCAGCUGCGCUUCACCAUGCCGUCCCCAUCAUCGACGAGUCGCUAG